AUGAGGGCGGAUUUUUCGUGUUUGGUCGACGAAAUUUCUAUUUUUAAUUCAGAGAUCAAACCGCCUGGAUUCACAUCUCUCCAACAACAAAAAGACCAGUUGAAGUCAAACAUCCAGCACUUUGCGGCACUAGAGGAACGAAUCAGCAAAAUUGCUGGAUUAAAAUUGUCGGAUUUCUCAAAGUGGCACAACUACUCCUCCAUUACAAAUGCGUUAUAUGCGAGACUUACCAAACAGUCCACAAAUAAAAGAGAUGCUCAA